AUGGUGUUUGUUGAAGGUCUCCCAAAUUCGUCGUUCAACAGCGAGUCAUUGGCAAAACGACUGGCAGCGAUUUAUGGGAAAGGAAAAACUGACGAUGGAAUUUAUGAAGAGGAAGAGGAGGAGGAACAGCCACUGGAUCUCAGCAGCAGACGAGCACUACAGGCAGCAACGCAAUCUGCCGCAUCCUCUGUGCUCAAAUCCCGUGAUGGCAAGCGACAAAGGACGUCACUAAAAGUCCUUGCGAACAAGGCACAAAACCCGACUCCGGAAGAAAGGAACGAUUUGGUAAUGGGUGGGACAAAGAAAGUGGUUGCUGGGCCAGUAACAGCAGCUGUUCAGCCCUCAAUGAACAAACGAAACUACAGCCAAGCAGAUCUGGACGCUGCUGUUAGAGAUAUCCGGUGCGGCCGACUCGGGACACGACGAGCAAGCGUUGUGUACGGUAUCCCGAGGUUAUUUAUUUUUCAUUUGUUUGAAUGGAUAUUUUCGAAAUCAGAACCUUUCUGUCAGUAA